AAACUAGCUUCUGGUCAUGGUGCCAGCUUGAGGACAGCCUCUAGAAGUAGUCAUAAUUCUCACACUAAAUCUAAUCUAGGUCUUCCAAAUCAUCGUCUUGAAGGCUGCACAGACAGCAGUAAUGGAUUCUUGACUUCCCUUUCAGAUAUAGACCCACUUGUAUCGUCUCCAAGGAGGGUAUCCAAUGAAUCUUCACCUCGCCACAGAAAUGCUGGACACAGAGGGCGAGGGAACUCACCCUUGCGUGCAAUCCAGCAUCAGCAGCUGCACAACAGACACACUGACUGGUCCUAUGGGGAAGACCCCAGUAUGGAAUUUGAUCCAUCUCUGGAAGUGUCAGAGUCAAUACGUAGCUUCAACUCUAGCGCUGAAGAAAUUGACUGGGACUGUGAGGAGGAUAACCGAGACCGGAUGUCUUCUGUGCCGCAGUUCCAGCAUUCACUCUCAGACCUACAGUUCAAGCAGUCAUUGCUGCAGCGAAUACACGAAUGGUCCACUUUUGCUGAGGAAUAUAACAAAUCUAGGUCACCGACUCCUGACUGCUACCCGGUGAGAUUUGUUCGCAGGAGUCGUAGCCUUGACCGCCAUAUCGGAGACCCAUCCCUUAUUCUGGUCAGCGACCCGGCAGACACUAAACCGGUAGAGAUUGAACCGACGGUUGAGAGGAACCUGGAAACACUAGAAUAUGAGCUGCAUGACAUACAGGGAGAGUUUGAGUCUAUCACUUCCAAGCUUCAUGAGCUCAUUGAGCAAGGCAAGGGGGACUCCAGCAACACUGCAGCCCCAGCGUCUUCCAAACAGCUGAACUCGCCUGUGGUGAGAGGACAGCGUGCUGCAAGUGCCCCUAGAACAAUUGAAGACAAACAACUGAGGAAGAUGAGAACUCAAUGGGAUCAUGUCCCUAGUUCUGCCUGCUCCGACUCCAGCCGAAGCUCCCGGGCAAGCAGUGUGGAGUAUGCCUGGGACUUGGGAGACUAUAAACAUAAUCAUUCAACCGCUGUUACUGGAGACAGACCACAAGUCAGUAGUCGAUCCGAAGGGAUAGAUCCAGAACAUCCAGCAAGUAGAGGAAUGCAAGUGGAUGAUACUUCCAGCUACUCCUCACACGGGGCAGAAGCCAUCAACAUUGGCCCGCCUGUGGACAUAUCAGCCUAUGCAGAGCAAGAGUGGAAGGGAGACACCGACAAGGCCAGGGCUAUCAGAGAGGGCUACAACAGAGUACCAAAGUUGGUUUCAUGCCAUCGAAUUUGUGUCAUCAGGGGGGAUAACUACUGUGGCUUGCGCAGCGUCCUCUUCCAGGUGCUGGUCAAUGGGUUGAGAGUCAACCAAGGCUGGUCGGGCAUUAUCCGCAUCAUGGACAGUCUUCAUGAUCUCUACAGCGACCCGGAUGUUGGUCUCUCAGAGUGGACGUUUGCUAACAGGCUGCCUAGUCACAGUAAGGACAAACUGACCUCACUGUCCAAGUGUGCCCUCUCACUCUAUGCAACAAUUGAAGAAGUGUGCAAUCUUCCUUCAAGAGAAGAAAGAGAGCACCGCACCAUUGGCCUCUUUAACACCAACACCACGUUUGAUGUGGAGCUCAUGGAGGGGCUCAAAAUUAUGAUGCUGCUGACCUUGAAGGAUCUGAAGAGCCAGGUGGAAGAUGGCGAAGAUGUCCCACUGUUUGGUCACCUGCUGUUUGCACGGGACACCUCAGAAUCUGUGUCUGCUUUCUUGAAGAACCACCUCAACAGUGUCGGUGAUACAGGAGGUUUGGAACAGGUGGAGAUGUGUUUGCUGGGCUACACCCUGGGUGUCAGGAUCCGUGUGCUGCGCUUGGCCCAGUCUGGACAUGAGGACUUUCAGUCUGUGUUCCCUGAUGACGUCUCUGCUGACUGGCCGUACGUGGACUUGCUCGUAGAGGAUGACCGGCAUUAUAAUGUUCCGCUGCCCUGA